CCGGCAUAUCAAAGUCCUCACUCCAAAUUCUUUACAUGACUUGACAAGUCUUUAUUGCUUCACAUUUUGUCACCAACCGGGACAUUUCUCUCACUCCCUUUACCGAUAAACUUUUGCAAAUCAUUCACCAUGGCCUCUAAACGAGUCCUUGGUCUCCUUGGCGGCGGCCAAUUGGGCGCUAUGCUCUGCGAGGCCGCAAACCCGCUGAAUGUGCCCAUUGCGAUUCUUGAUGCUGAGAAUGCUCCCGCAAAGAAGAUUCACUACAACAAGAACCACGGCACGGGCUCCUUUAAGGAUGCUGCCAAGAUCAGAGAGCUUGCUGCUCACUGUGAGGUCAUGACUGUUGAGGUUGAGCACGUUGACACCGAGAUUCUCGAAGAGAUUAACACGAAGGGCGUGCAAGUCACCAACGCCGAUGGCACCACCACCACAAAGAAGAUUGCAGUCCACCCUUCAUGGAAGACAAUUCGACUUAUUCAGAACAAGUACGACCAGAAAGAGUACUUUGCCAAGCAAGGCGUCCCCAUCGCCGAACAGGUCGCCCUUGACGGUGGCGACGCCAUGCUUCCCUCAAUGAAGGAGAUUUCCAGCAAAUUCGGUUUCCCUUGGAUGCUCAAGUCGCGUAAGGACUCCUACGACGGCCGUGGCAACCUCAAAAUCUCCAGCGAAGCCGACUUUGACCAGGCCAUUGCUGAAUUCGGCAAGCUGUCCUGCUACGCCGAGAAAUGGGUUCCCUUUCAGAUUGAGUUCUCCGUCAUGGUGAUCCGCACAGAAGACGACGCUGGCAACACUAAGCGCCUUAUUCCUUACCCUGUUGUCGAGACCGUCCACGAGGAUAACAUCUGCUCCAAGGUCUACAUGCCUCCCCGCAACAUCUCCCCCGAGAUCUGUAAGCGCGCGCAGGACGUCGCCUGCAACGUUGUCGGCAAGCUCUGGGGUCGUGGUGUCUUCGCAGUCGAGAUGUUCCUUACCAAGAAUGGCAACGUCCUUGUCAACGAAAUCGCUCCCCGUCCUCACAACUCUGGUCACUUGACCAUCGAAUCCGUCCCCUACAUGUCGCAGUUCAAGGCCCAACUUACAGCCAUCCUCGACAAGCCUCUCCCCGAGACCCUCAAGCCUCAUGUCCAGUCCUCCAUCAUGAUUAACGUCCUCGGCGGUGCUACCCCGGAUGCCCACGACAGUCUGAUCGAAAAGGCUGAAUCUAUGUACCACCCCGACGCCGCUGUCUACGUCCACAUGUACGGCAAGGAGUCCAAGCCUAGCCGUAAGAUCGGCCACAUCACAGUCACUGGUUUCAUGCCCGUUGCCGAACUCGAGAAGUUUGCCGAGCCUCUCAUCCAGUCCGCCCAAGACGUUCGCCAGGAGCGCUUGAAGGCCUCCAGCAAGGCUCUUCGACCUCAAGCCGCUGCCACUGCUCCCGACGUCGCUGCUCCCAGCGCUGGUGUUAGCCGUGCUUCCGGGGACCCUCUUGUCUUGGUAACCAUGGGCUCUGACUCUGAUCUGCCCGUGCUCAAGGCUGGCUUUGACAUCCUUAACCAGUUCGGUGUUCCCUGGGAGGUUGAUAUCACUUCUGCCCACCGCACACCCGCAAAGAUGGGCCAGGUCGCUACUGAUGCUGCUGGCCGCGGUAUCAAGGUCAUCAUUGCCGCCGCCGGUGGUGCCGCUCACUUGCCCGGCAUGCUGGCCGCUUAUACCCCUCUGCCUGUUAUUGGUGUCCCAGUGAAGGCUACCCACCUUGACGGUAUGGACAGUCUGCUCAGCAUUGUCCAGAUGCCUCGUGGUGUCCCUACUGCUACCGUCGCCAUUAACAACUCUACCAAUGCAGCGCUGCUCGCUAUCCGCAUUCUCGGUGCUUUUGUCCCUGAGCUGUUGGAAAAGAUGAAGGCAUACCAACUUGACAUGGAGAACCAAGUCAAGGACAAGGCUAAUGUCUUACGAGAAAUUAGCGUUGAGGCGUACUUGGAGAAGAUGGGAAAGAAGUAACUCACGAGAUGAAAGUAUCACGAGCGUUCGGAAUGAUUAGACUUAAAAACAAUGCAAAUUAGACAUAUAUUCACCCAACUUAAGAUAUUUUCCAGCCAAGGUUUAUUGUAGAUAGUUCAAGAACCAAUUUAUUGAGUUCUUCCAAUUAAUGUUAAAUUAAAGCUUUCAUAACU